AUGGAAGUUUGCACGGUGAAAAGGCUUAUAGGCAGAUCUUUCACACAGAAUCUUCAAAGUACUGCUGACAGUUUUAAAUCAUGGGAUACAUGUAUGAACAAUAAGACAUGCAAGAUCGUUGCGAUUGUGGGCAUUGUUUUGGCGGCGCUCGUUGCUCUGUGGUUGAUAGGAGCCAUUCUGACAUGUUUUAUGCAGGGUGUUACUGGCAUUGGUGAGUUCUGCUGCUGGUGUUGUAAUUGCGGCGGAAGAAACUCAAGAAGAGCGGCCAACGAGGGAUAUGGAAGGACGUCUCAGGUGCCACCACCAGCUACAGUGAUCUACCAGCCUAUCCAGCAGCCGGAGUCUGCGUAUUACCGUAAGGCUGACGACGCUUUCUUCGAUGAGAGAAGGACGUCGAAAGAUGUGUUCGAACUGGAGCAGGAUUUCGAUCUAGAGAAGCAACGUGAGAAAUCUAGGAAGAAAAGGCUUCCAGCUGUGACGCAUGAUGUCGACGAGAACCUUUCUGUAUACCAGCCUUCCAGCACGGUGGCGGCAACAAACCCAUGGCAGACGUUCAACCCGCAGAACAGAGCAAGCACCCAUCAGAGCCCAUAUCCGUACGAUAACGUUCAAGAAUACCAGGGACAAGGCUACUACCAUGGAGGAUACCAGAGGUAG